AAGAGUGUCCCCUGGUUUCUUGGGGGUGUCAAUUCAGGGGUUGCUUCCGUUUUAUCCUACAAAUACAUCUGGCUGCAAAGAGCCUACAAGCAGUCUGUUUCCUGUUGCAGUGUGGUAAGGUAACUUUUUAAAGUGGAGACCGGUGGCCUGUUUGGGGCAGUUCCCCUCUAGAGGGAGAAUUUGUCUCUGAAGUACCAGGAGACUGCAGGAGAUUUUCCUGUGCCUUUCCUGCCCAGACACCAGCCCAGAACUCAGGUGACUUCAGGAACGUUCACAUCCUGUUUGGAAGCAAAGUCUGCAAAUUGUUUAAUAGGCUGAGCCUUGAUACCCCCAUCCCUCUCAGCUCUAUCUCAGGUCUGCUUUGCUGUUUUCUCUUGGCUGUGACAGUCCGCCUGAUGGUCAUUAUAAUAGCAGUUCACCACUAGUACAAACAAGAGUACCAUAUGUAAAUUCUGUGCACGGUUUACCAACAUCAUCAAAAAGUUCUUUUGUUUUACUGUUCUCAUUCUGUACUUGAUCAGUAUCAUAAUCAUAUCAACAUCUUAAUUUCUGGCCUAAACCAACCACAGAACCUUUGUUAGCCCCUUAUACUAUCCAUUGUCACCGAGAGUCCAUUUGCUAGAGCUUGUAGUGAUAUUUUAUCUAUUUAGAAGAGCACUGCAGCAUGGAUUCUGUGUCAGUUCCUGUACUCAUUGAUGGACUUGUUGCUUGUGUAGCCCAGUUAAUAAGAAUAGCUGAUGAGCUUUUACAAUUCAUUAUACAAGUACAAGAAGUUCCUUAUGUAGAAGAAAAUGGUGGAGCAGAAGAGACUGAAGCAGAUGCACCUCUUCCUGAGGAGCCUUCACUACCAGAUCUCCCUGAUCUCUCAGACUUAGACUCAAUACUUACACCAAGAGAGGAUGAAGACCUAAUGUUUGAUAUAGAUCAGGCUAUGUUAGACAUGGAUAACUUAUAUGAAGAUACAGUCUCUGGUAUAAAUGAUGACUUAACAAGUGACUAAGACCCAAUUUCUGCCCCCGCCCCCAGG